AUGGUUCGACAGAGUACAUUCAAUCGCACAGUGAAAUUUAUGCUCACUUUGUGUGGCAUCUGGCCAGGCGCGUCAUGCCUUCUGUUUUAUAGAAUGUUUUGGAUUAUUACAAUGACAACUGCUCUGUUAUGUAACUAUUCUUAUUUAUUGACACAUAUAUAUUUCGCCGAACUUAUAGAUCUGAUGGAUUGUCUGUGUAUCAUCCUAGCGCAUUCUAAAGUGAUCAUUAAGUGUAUUAUAUUUUGGUUAAAUCAACGGACAUUCAUGGAAAUCCAGAUGAUAAUAACGGAAGAUUGGAAUGAUUGCGCUGAUAAUGAUAUCAGCAUGCGCGAGACAUCGAAAAAAGCAAAAAUUUCAGAUCGUCUCGUAAACGCAGUCAUCAUUCUUCACACGAUGACGAUAUUUGCAUAUUGCUUCGGCGCCUUCUUCGCCAAUGUCGAUGUCAUCGACCAGACAACGGAGUUACCUCACAUGACCAAAAUAAAACUUCCUUUUCGAAUAAACACGCAACGCACGUACAGAUUACUGUUGAUCGUGCAAUUUUUGCAUUUGAUCCUGUGCGCCUGGGCAGCUGGUAUAACAAACAUUCUGCUAUUGACUUUGAUUCUGCAUGCAGCUGGCCAAAUCGAGAUCUUGCGCUACUGGUUAACGCAGUUGGCGUCCCGCGAAAACAAAUCAAUCGCCGUAACAAUGAAAAAAAUUAUUCAAAAGCAUCAAAAAAUCAUCCAUUUGUCGGAAAACAUCGAAUGUCUUUAUACAUACAUCGCGUUGCUGCAAUUCGUGUCAAAUACAAUAAUGAUUUGUUCGCUUGGCUUUCUUAUUAUAGCAGCAAUCGAUAGUCCCAAUGCGACGGAGCAAAUAAUGAAAUCUCUUUUUUUUUACACUAUAACAAACCUGGAAGCGUUUAUAUUCUGUUUCGCUGGAGAAUAUAUGAGUAAUAAAGGCAAUGAAAUUGGUGCUGCGGCAUAUAAUUGUACAUGGUACAAUUUGAAACCUAAAGACAAUCGUGUUUUGCUAUUUGUUAUAUUGAGAUCGCAGAAACAAUUGACGCUCACAGCUGGAAAGAUGACAAAUCUCUCUUUGGAAUCCUUUACAAAUAUCAUGAGUGCUUCGGGAUCAUACUUAUCGGUAUUGCUGGCGAUGCAAUAAACGUGAUCGAUUCGAGCGAUAAUAGUGAAAAAUAUUGCGAGUUUUCCGUAAAUCAGUAGUUAAAACUUACAUUAUAAUAUAUUAUAAUAUUCUUAUUCUUUUUUCCGAAGAUCGUGCUGCGUGUGAGUAUACU